AUGAAGCUUAGGGAUCUCUUGGAUGAUAUUUUGGAGAAGAAUGUUUUGGGAGAGGUUGCAGGUUACAUGUGGACUAUAGAGUUUCAAAAGUGUGGACUACCCCAUUGUCAUAUGUUGUUCAUAUUACAAAAAGAUCCAGAAUAUUAUGAUAAAUUUGUUUAUGCAGAACUUCCAAAUCUGCAAACACAACCAAUUCUGUUUCAACAUGUCACCAAAAACAUGCUACAUGGUCCAUGUAGAAGAGAUAAACCCAAUGCAACAUGUAUGGUUGAUGGGAAAUGUAAAAAACAUUUCCCUAAAGUCUUUCAAGAAAAUACAUUACACAGUUAUAAUGGCUAUCCACUUUACCAAUGUCGAAAUAAUGGUUUUACAUUUACAAAGUCUAAUGUUGAAUUAGAUAAUUGUUCAGUAGUACCAUAUUCCCCCUUCUUUUUAGUCAAAUAUAGAGGUCAUUGUAAUGUAGAGAUAUGUGCAUCUGAACAAGAGAAAUUCUAUCUGAGAGCUUUACUAUAUCAUAUUCCCAGAGCUACAUCAUUUGAAGAUAUGAGGACUAUUAAUGGUGUAGUUUGUCAUAGUUACAAAGAGACUGCAAUGAAACUGGGUUUAGUACAUGAUGACCGUGAAUACUAUCGGACUAUGGAGUUUGCAAAUGUUUCAGCUACUCCAUAUCAGAUGUGA